AUGCCACCACCAAUCUUCGAACUUGUCGUUUGCAUAACAUCUUCGGCACUUUUUGACUCUGUUGAAUCACGUGAAAUCUGGAAACGUGAUGGAUUUGAAGCAUACAAGAAACAUCAAUGUGCUAAUCUUAUGGUACCUAUGCAACCUGGCGUCGGUUAUCCUCUUAUUCAAUCAUUGUUAGCAUUGAAUGAAGCCGCUGGAAAACAACUAGUUGAAGUUGUACUCGUUUCUCGUAAAGAUAGUGAUUCUGGAGAACGAGUUCGGCAAUCUAUCUAUCAUUACAAGCUACCUAUAACACGCAUGUCAUUUACCGGCGGUACAGAUGUCACAAAGUAUUUGUCGGCUUGGAAAUGUGAUCUUUUUCUUACUGCAGACGAAGACCAAGUACGUACGGUACUUGCAAGUAAUAGUUCUGACUCAUUCACAGGUAUAGCAGCUGCAUUAGUAUGCAAUAUAGUCGAUACAACACCAACUAUUCCUCCAACUCCUGUUCCAGAAUCGCCUCAUCCAAAACAGUCAAACUCAAAUGGUGACACUACACUAUUUUCUCCUGAAGUAAAUCCAAUGAUCAACGUUGAUUUAUCUUCUUCGUUAGCCGCGUUAUCAUGGCCAGAAGGUCAAGUUCGUAUUGCUUUCGAUGGCGAUGGUGUACUUUUUUCAGACCAAGCAGAUCGUAUUUUCAAGGCAGAAGGACUUGAAGGAUUUUUCGAGUUCGAACGUGAACACGGACACAUUGCAUUACCAAAGGGUCCUAUGCAAGCAUUUGCUCUCAAGUUACAAAAAGUUCGUCAAUCGCUAGGCGAAACUCACAAAUGGCGAGUACGAACGUUUUUGGUCACUGCUCGUAAUGAUAUAGGCAACAUAAGAGUAUUUCAUACGCUCAAAGAAUGGAGUCUCGAAAUCGAUGAAACACAUUUCUUAGGUGGAUUAGAUAAGACACCGUUCCUUCGAACAAUUAAUCCAGCAAUUUUCUUUGACGAUUCAAGGGACAAUAUCGAUCGAGCUAAAGUUUACGUACCAUCAGCACAAGUUGUUUAUGGCAUCAACAAUGCUGAUGUUAAUCCUGUAGCAACAUCAUCGUCUAUUGAAAAUAAAAAUGUGCAAAAUGAACAUUCCACGUAA